AACGCAACAAAAGUUUUGAAAUGUCUUCCUUUGUGGAAACCAAAGGGCUUGAGCAACUUACGAAGUCUCCUGUGGAAUUUGUGGAAUACAACAAAAUGCAGCUAAGCCGAAUUUACCCAAAGGGAACACGUGUAGAUUCUUCAAACUACAUGCCACAAGUCUUUUGGAAUGCCGGCUGCCAAAUGGUUGCGCUUAACUUCCAAACUGUAGAUUUGUCUAUGCAAAUAAACAUGGGAAUGUAUGAGUACAAUGGCAAAAGUGGAUACAGGUUAAAGCCAGAAUUCAUGAGAAGACCAGACAAACACUUUGAUCCAUUUACUGAAGGUAUAGUGGAUGGAAUAGUAGCUAACACCUUGUCUGUCAAGAUAAUUUCAGGUCAGUUUCUUUCUGAUAAAAAAGUCGGUACCUAUGUAGAAGUUGACAUGUUUGGACUGCCUGUGGAUACUAGAAGAAAAGCUUUGAAGACUAAGACCUCUCAAGGCAAUGCAGUUAAUCCCAUCUGGGAAGAGGAAGCCAUAGUGUUUAAGAAGGUUGUCUUACCGUCCUUGGCAUGUUUGAGGCUAGCAGUGUAUGAAGAAGGAGGGAAAUUUAUUGGUCAUCGGAUAUUACCGGUCUCGGCAAUUCGACCAGGCUAUCACUACAUCUGUUUGAGGAAUGAGAGGAACCAACCUUUGACACUGCCAGCUCUCUUUGUGUACAUAGAAGUCAAAGACUAUGUACCUGAUACUUAUGCAGAUGUGAUUGAGGCCUUAUCCAAUCCAAUCAGAUACGUAAACUUGAUGGAGCAAAGAGCUAAGCAACUGGCCGCACUGACUCUGGAAGAUGAAGAAGAGGUAAAGAAAGAG